AUGCCCCUGCGAGCAUCGGUCACCUUGCGCUAUGGGCCUUACAGCGCAUUAGGACUGUCCCUGGAGCACCGUGCCUAUCGCCUGGAGGGCCUGCAAGCUGUACUGGAAGAAGAUGGGCACUACGUCACCCUAGAGAAGGUAGAUUACUGGAAUGUGGUAGAACUUGUGGUCAAUGGAGAAGUCGUCUUCCAAUGCAACAUCCAAGACUUGGAAUUUGGAGGUGAUGGUAAACUAGACCCACUGUGUGAAGAGGCCAGGAUCGCCGUGCGCAAAGCCUACUGA